UGUUUUACGGCAUACGUGUAUGACUGGCUUAGGCGCUCAGUAAACGGUAAAAAUAUAGGUUUGGAAUAGUUUCUUUACCUUAUAUUGAUAUCGUUCAACGUUGAGAUUUCCAAAUUAGAAAAAAAUGGAUGUUGGCGAGCUCUUAAAUUAUCAGCCUGAUAGAGGAGCAACACGUUCCAGAGAAGAUAAUGCUGGAGAGGAGGACCAGAGAAGUGCAAAGCAUCAAAAACUGUCGAAUGCCAGACACAGAGACGGAGCAGGAGCUGGAGCUGAGGGACCCACAAAGGACAGUGAUGACUUGGCUGUGGAUCGUAAGAAGAUCUUGGAAAAACUGAUGGACCAGGAUGAAGAUGAUCCUGAGGCUGAGCCAGUGGAUGAGAGCUCAGUGAAAAAAAUGAUCCUGACCUUUGAGAAACGAUCCUACAAAAAUCAGGAACUCAGGAUUAAGUUCCCCGACAAUCCAGAAAAGUUCAUGGAGUCGGAACUGGAUCUGAACGACAUUAUCCAGGAAAUGCAUGUGAUUGCUACCAUGCCAGAUCUCUAUCAUCUGCUUGUGGAGCUCAACUCUGUUCACUCACUGAUGAGCCUUUUGAGUCAUGAAAACACAGAUGUUGCCAUAGCAGUGGUUGACCUCCUCCAAGAGCUGACGGAUAUUGACACUCUCAAUGAGAGCGAAGAGGGCGCUGAGGUUCUAAUAGAUGCUCUGUUGGAAGGCCAGGUGGUUGCGUUACUUGUACAGAAUAUGGAGCGACUGGAUGAGCAGGUUAAAGAGGAAGCUGAUGGUGUCUUCAACACACUAGCCAUUAUAGAAAACAUGGCAGAGUUUAAACCAGGCCUGUGCACAGAAGCAGCUCAGCAGGGACUCAUGCAAUGGCUGCUCAAGAGAAUCAAGGCAAAGAUGCCUUUUGAUGCCAACAAGCUGUACUGCAGUGAAAUUCUGGCCAUCUUGUUGCAAAACAAUGACAGCACAAGAGAACUCUUGGGGGAGCUGGAUGGCAUUGAUGUGUUACUGCAGCAACUCUCUGUGUUUAAACGUCACAACCCGUCCACAGCUGAGGAGCAAGAGAUGAUGGAGAAUCUUUUCGAUGCACUGUGUUCAUGCCUAAUGUUGCCAGCUAAUCGGGACCGUUUCCUCAAGGGAGAAGGUCUUCAACUAAUGAAUCUCAUGCUUCGAGAAAAGAAAAUGUCUCGGACCAGCUCUCUCAAAGUUCUGGAUCAUGGGAUGAUCGGACCAGAGGGAGGUGAUAACUGUCAUAAGUUUGUGGACAUCCUUGGAUUGAGAACCAUUUUUCCACUUUUCAUGAAAACUCCCAAAAAGAUGAGGAGCUCUGGAACCUCUGAGAAAGAACAUGAAGAGCACGUCUGUUCAAUUAUUGCAUCCAUGCUGAGGAAUCUCAAGUCCCAACAGAGAAGCAGACUCCUUAAUAAGUUCACAGAGAAUGACUGUGAGAAGGUUGAUCGACUGAUGGAGUUGCAUUUUAAGUACCUAGAGGCUGUUCAACAGGCUGACAAGAGGAUCGAAGGGGAGAAACAUGAGAUGGUUCGCCGUGGUGAAAUCUUGGAUGACCACAUGGAAGAUGAGUUUUACCUGCGUCGACUGGAUGCUGGACUCUUUGUUCUUCAGUCCAUCUGCUACAUAAUGGUCGAGAUCAGCAACUCAGGGCUGACACAGCUGCAGCAGAGAGUUCAACAAAUUCUCAACUUAAGAGGAGGAUCUGUCAAAACUGUACGCCACAUCAUGAGAGAGUACGCAGAGAGCAUCGGGGAUGGCAAGAGCGAGGAGUUCAAAGAGGCAGAGCGCAAGAGGAUCAUGGAUCUGUUAGAAAACUUUGGAAAAAAUUGAUUUUUUUCAAACACCCUCAUUCGUAAAACAUGUACACACACACAAACACACACACAAUUAUGUUGUAUUAUAUCAACGAUAGCCAUGAUAGGCAUUUUUUUCCCCUCUUUAACACAUUUGCUGCUAUCGACGGCAAUAGAUGUCCAAUCCAUUUCGCCGUCCAGUCAAAAUGAAUUGGACGUCUAUCUCGGUCAAUGUCACUGAAACAUGAACAUUCUUUGCCAAGGAGGUUCUCAUUAAUCUUUAAAGCAUACCCACAAUCAAAAGCAUAUUAUCCUUCGGUACUGUUUUGUCUACAGUAAAACAAUACCUCUAAUUUUUUUGUGUUGACGUCUGUUGAGCGGAAUUCCCGCUGAACGGAAUUGUUUUGAAUAAUUUGCUUAUUUUAGACAUGCAAAAGAAUUGAAUUCAAAAUCUGCACGCUUUGUGUUUAUCCCCUUUAUUUUUGUUUUGAAACAACCUUUAAUGUGGAUUUUAGGUUCGAAAUAUUUUUUGAUAAAACAUUUGGAAAUAAUAUCCUCUUUGAGUGUUGACUUUAUUUGAAAAAUGCCACAGUGAGUUAAGAUUGUCAAGGAUUCUCAUUAAGCUUGCACAGAUGGGAACAACAAAUCUGUACCUGUAGCUCUUUUGCAAGGCAGGAAAACAAUGUUAUUAAAAUGGGGACAUGUUCCUUUUUUUUCAUUUUGUUUGAACACUUCUACUGUUCACAAGAGGCACAUCAAAACUUAGAUGAACAUGCAGCUGAUCUAACGAUACGAUUACUUUCUUGACACAUGAUGUCAAGGUCUAUUCUGGACUAGUUGCUAUUAGAGGAGUUCCAAAAAAUCGAUUUCUACAUGCAUUGCGAUUCGACACGUGACGAUUCGAUUACGAUUCCUAAAGGCUCAAAAACGAUGAUUUUCCUUCAUAACUUUAUGACAGCCGCUCGUAGCGGAAAGCAAUUCAAUUCAAUUUUAUUUGUAUAGCCCUAAAUCACAGCAAGGUUGUCUCAAAGGGCUUUGCAGAGGCAAUAUACACAAUCAGAAACAGCAAAUGAAGCAACAAAGAUGAAUAAAUAAAGUUCAAAUCCUGGGCAUCCCCCAUCCUUAGACCCUCCAUGUCUGCAAGGAAAAACUCCAAAAACUCUUUGGGAGAAACCUUGGGGAGUACCACAAUCAGGAGAGAUCCACUCCCAGGACGGAUAGACAGGAAGCACCAGGACUGCUAAUGGGAAUUAGCAGGUGAAGUUACAUUCCGUAAAGAUGCAGUGGAGUAAAGGAACAAGAAGAGGUCCAUCUAGCCAGAUGAGACGGGGGUAGCAACGAGGACAUCCAUCCAGCCAGGGGUUCGGACAGUCAGGAGACUGCAGCUGAAAAAUAGCCCCUCCCCAGAUGGGAGGGGGGAAAGGGGCCACCGGGUGACUAGUGAUUAAGAGACUAGACAACUAGAUAUUAACAUUGGAAAAUAGAAAUAAAGUAAGACAAGUGGUAGGUAGAGUGAGAAAAAGGAAAUAGAACUCAGUGGCUGUACUUCCCCCAACAUUAUAGCUUCUAGUGCAGCUUAGACUAAACUGUGAGUCUACUACGACUUCAACUAGCCUGACCAUAAGCUUUGUUGAAUAGGAACGUUUUUAAUCUAAUCUUAAAUGUGCAGACUGUCUCGGCCUAUUUUAAUAUUGGCUGGAAGCUGAUUCCAUAAAACAGGGGCUUGGUCGCUAAAGGCUCUAGCUCCGAUAGUACUUUUAGAAACCCUGGGAACUACCAUGACCUGCAUUCUGAGAGCGGAGUGUUCUGUUGGGGCGGUAUGGAACCAGAGCAUCGGUGA